AUGUACCGCCGCCACACCGACAACGGAGAGGGCAGUAGCCGCCGGGAGAAUCCCCCUCGACGCCCUACCCGUAUCACAGUCGUCAUCCGAGACGAACCAGUUGACAGACCUCCUCCACACAUUGAGAGGGAAGAGAGGAGGCACCCGUGGCCCCCUCUCCGAUUCCCUCCCCCGAUGGUUAGAUGGGACCUACCAUCGAGACCCCUUCCGCCAGUCCCCCCUCCAAGGAGGGAAGGGCUCUGGGCCCGCGCCCAGGAGCUACUCGGCCGCAAUCGCCACUUCCUCGAUCGCAUCGACCGGGAGGUUGCUCUAGACCGGCUGGAGGCCCGUCAAGCCGAGCGUCGAGCUCAGCGAGCUCAACAAAACAGGCAGGAAGAGGAGGCUCGGCGGGAUAGGCACGAGCAGGAGAGGAGGCAGGAAAUGGGGGCCGAGAGGAGACGGGAAGAGCACCUAGAACAGGUGACUAGGAGAGACGAACGAAACCGCCAGCACGGCGGUAACGUACCGGCCGCCAGGGCCAAUUCCGUCGAAGCGCGCCGAACGCCCGUCAACAGACCCUUAGUUCCCCAGGUACUGGCACUAGUACCGGCAGCCCCAGUCGCCACAGCCACCACAGUCAACGCCGCCACGGCACCAGUCCCAGAGCCCAGUGUCGACGGCAACGACCUCGUUCCCUGUGCGGUUUGCACCGAGGAGUUUCCACGCUCCCAGGUCCUUACGACCUCCUGCGCCCCAGAUCCGCACCACUACUGUGGCCAAUGCCUCCAGUCGUUUUUCAGUAACGCCAUGGACGGCAACCCUGGAAACGAGGACCCUUCUCGGGAAGUCCGAGCGCGCAACGAGCGCUUCCGCCGGCUGCUCGGUGUCGAGAUGAUCAGGCAGUACAUUGCUCGUACUGAGCAGGUACGCAUGGAGAGGGAGCAUACGGGCACGCGGUGCUCGAACGUGGACUGUGGCUGGCUAGUCCCGGAGCGUUUCACGGGCGUCGAAGGUCGCACAGAGACCGAGAUCGUCUGCCACCACUGUCGACAGGUGACCUGCACCAUCUGUGAAGGUAGGGCGCACCGAGCCAGGUACCAAGAACGUUGUCCUGGCCACAGAAGAAGGACAGAGGAGCAGCAGCAGUCGGAGGAGCAGGCCGAUCGACAGUUCAGACAACUGAGGCGGGAUGAGGCCUGGCGGACCUGUCCAACCUGCGACAUGACCGUCGAGAGAGAUGGUGGCUGUAACCUGGUGAAGUGUAUCAAGUGUAAAACAUACUUCUGCUACCACUGCCUACUCAUUCACCCUAACGGGCAUGGUGAUGGACCACUGUGCGCCUGUCCCAUCUUCGACCUUCACGAGCCAGAGAGGCGGAUCCGUGAGAGACGGGCAGCUGCAUCGCCAGCACCAGCACCACCCGAUCCGGGCCGCCACCGUCAUCGCCAUCAUCGCCAUGACGACCACUUCCUCGACCACAUCCCCGAGGAUGAUGACUUUUUCCAUGGCGGUGACCACCGCGACAUUUUCGACAACGCCCCCGAGGAGCUCCUCAACCGCCCCAUCGAAUUGGAUAGCGACGACGACAUUGACGCUGAUGACCUUCGGUUCAUCCUCGAUGCUUUGACUAGACGUAGGAUGCCUUGA